AAUGGAUCAGCUGAUCUCUAACGAUAUUUGAAAACAACACUUGAGUUUGGGACGCUAAAGUUAGUUUUUAAUUUGGUAAUCGCCACUGAAGUCUAACCCAUGGCAACCAUGUCGCUGGCUGAUUCGAUGGAGCUGCCGGCCAGCCCUUUGUCACGCCUCCAAACGCCCAUGGACGCCCUGUGCCGCGUUUGCCACAUUUCAUCGCCGCGCUGCUUGCCCCUCUUCAAACCACUCAAUAACCUGAUAUCCGGAAAGCUAACUACUCUGGCCAACAUAUUGAGCUACUGCAGCGGUCUGGAGAUCCUGGAGACGGAGCUCUUCCUGCCCCAUCACAUCUGCCCGGGAUGCGUGGCCAAACUUCGGCUCUCGCUGGAAUUCAAGCGGAGUGUCCACCGAAUGGACAGAAUUCUCAGGCAAAGUCAUGCUGACUUUUGCCGCACCAAAAGGAUUAAUGAGUUGACAACUACCGCCGGGAUGUCGCAUGACAUCACCGAGGAUCUUGUCUUUGUGAUCGAUGACCAGAAAGUGGAGGAGGAGCCUGUAGAACAUAUCCCAAAUGAAGAGGAACAGCUGGUUAUUGAAGAAGAUCCAGAGGAAAGUCGGGAGAUAGAGCCAAUGCUGGUGGAGGAUAGGCUGGAUGUGCAACUAGAAGCUCAGAACGAGUUUCCAGAGACGGCAGACCAAGAAGAGUUGGUUCACUUGGAUGCUAAAGCUAGUGAAGAUCUGUACGAGAUUGUCGACGAGCCGGAGCAAACCCAAGAGCCCUUGCCCAACAAAAUCAAGCCUGAAAAAACGCCCCAAUCGUCGCCUCAGUGUCUGAUCCGCAAAAGGGCCUUUCGGUACCACAUAGCCCUCCAUGACCCACCAAAAAAACCUCCGAGAACUAAAGAAUCCCUCCGAAUAGAGCCCCAUCCGCAGGUCAAAGCUGGUAAAGAUCUGUACGAGAUUGUGGUGGAGACAGAGAAACCAGCAGUGGAUGGCGAGAAGCCUUCGGCCAGCAGGAGCAGGCAAUGGAAGCCACAAAACCCCUCAUUGCAGUGUCAGAUCUGCGGCAAACAACUAAGCACCAACAACUCGUUCAAGUACCACAUGCAGCUUCAUGGCACGGCCACGCCAUACGUUUGCAAGAUUUGCGGCGAGUCCUUCAAGACGCGCAAUGCCCACGACGGCCAUGUAACCCUACACGAUCAGAACAAUCCGAACAGGUGUCCCACCUGCUUCAAGGUUUACCGGCAGGCCUCAUCGCUACGCACCCAUCUCCUAAUCCACACCGGCAUCAAGCCAUUCGAGUGCAACAUCUGCGGCAAAAGGCUGACCCAAAAGUCUGGCUACAAGAAGCACAUGCUUACCCACACGGGCGAGAAGCCGCAUGAUUGUGAUAUCUGCGGACGAAGAUUCCGAUACUCAAGCAACCUGAUUGCGCACAAAAGGUGUCACAGCCAGGAGAAGCCGCAUCAUUGCCAGGUGUGCCAGAAGCGAAGCUUCGGCAGCCGAUCGGAGCUCAAUCGCCACAUGCUCGUGCACAGCAGCGAACGGCCGUUUGGCUGUGAGGAGUGCGGCAAGUCCUUCAAGCGACAGGUAUCCCUCAGCAUCCACCUGCAGUCGCAUAAGGAGGGCAUGAAGCGGAGAAAGCUGGACCAAAAAGUGGACGAGCUACGGGAGGAGACCUAAUCACAAACAUAGACUGGACCCUUUGAAUCUCUUGAUAUACUUCUUAUUUAAGCUGCGUGCUCCGGUUUUAACUUUUACAUUUUUGUUUUGUUUAAAGCCCGAUACUUACCCCAAUCAAAAAGGCAACGAAACGAAAAUCUCUAUACCAAAUUGGUUCAUGAAAUUUGUCGUCUGCCAUUCUUGUAUGGAAAUUUUCGCCUGAAAACCGGAUCAUGCCUCUACAUUAAAUUUUUGUCAGUUUUAUAAUUUUCAAAACAGGAAAAAUGUUGUACUAUUAUCCAUUAAUUUUAAGUUUGAGUUGUGCAGCUUCUUAACCAUGGCCAUAUAAGUUCCAUAAAUAACAAUAAGUCGUAUUUUUAGUUUGUUUUUAUUUUCGGUAUUCGCCUUUGUAAAAUAACAAGUUUUAAGUGUUGCUGUUACAAAAUACGCUCUAGGAUUAAAUGUUGUCCCUCUGUUCUCACCUAA